AUGGCCUUCGUGCUUUUCAACUCAGCCACCGCCGCCCCGACCCCCGAGGCUGAUGGGGGCGCCGCCAUAUGGGCCGACCCUUGGGAUUGCCAUAGAUUCUUUGAAUGUCCCGCUGGCGGAUCACCGGUUCACAAGACCUGCGGCCCCGGCACCGCGUUCCAGGAAAGGACCAGCGUCUGUGACUUCGAACACCUGGUGGCUAGCUGCUGGCGUCACUAG